AUGAAGGUCUGCAUUUGCAUUUUGGUAUCGUUGGCUGUGGUCAGUGCCGGCGGCUAUGGUGUGGAUUCUACCUCGGUUAAAUUUGGCACAUCUCACGGCGGAGUUUCUCAUGUCUCGCGGAAAUUUGGUAAUCCUGGUGGCAGCGGCGGCUAUGGAUGGGGUGCCUGGGCUGGUAGUCCGAUUCCAGCUGAUUAUGAAUAUACCAUUCAUCAUGGUGUAAAUAAGCCAUCGUAUGGUGGUUAUGGAGCCGGUGCUGGUGGAUGGGCUGGUAAUUCUGUUGGUGGUGCUGGUUAUGAUAGUGGCGCCAAUGCUGCUUGGGCUGGACAAGGUCGUUCGUCCGGUUGGUGGCAAUAA